AUGCCAGUCCCUCUUCCCAUCCUCCUCCCCGCGGCGGCCGCCUCGCUGGCCUACCUCAACGCCAAAAGCAGCGUCUGGUACGACGCAAGGCUCAUCAAAAGCAUCGCCAAGGCCGCUCUCCGUGUCCGUCACGGCCUCAAGCACGACACAAUCAGCCUCUUCUACACCCUGGAAACAUCCGCCCAAGAUCCUCGCCUCGCCAACCAGCUGCUUCUCAUCUUCGACGGCAGGACGUACACAUACGCCCAGGCCUACGACAAGAUCCUGCGGUAUGGCCACUGGAUCAGGAGCCGCUUCGACGUCAAGCCCAAGGAUGUCGUGGCCAUGGACUUUGAAAACUCAGACACCUUCAUCUUCAUCUGGUUCGCUCUGUGGUCGAUAGGUGCCAAGCCGGCGUUUAUCAACUACAACCUGACCGGCAAACCCUUAUCACACUGCAUCGAGGCGGCGAAGACCAAGCUCUGUCUCAUAGAUCCUGCUGUUGCUUCCAAAUUCGAUGAUGAGAGCGUGAAGCAGGCUCUACCCCACGUCAACUUUGUCGUCUUCACGCCAGAGGCACAGGCCGAGGCCUCAUCAACAGCUCCGGAGAGGGCACCCAACUCAGCCAGAUCAGAUGAUAGUGUGGCCAACAUGGCGAUGCUCAUCUACACCUCAGGCACCACAGGCUUGCCCAAGCCAGCCGUAGUAUCAUGGGGGAAAUGUAUCUAUGGCGGAAGCAUGGCAUCAACACUGCUAGCUCGUGGUAAUGGCGACAUCAUGUAUACGUGCAUGCCCCUAUAUCACUCAUCCGCCGCCCUCCUUUCCUUCUGCGCAACUCUCGCGUCCGGCUCAACUCAAGCCCUCGGCCGCAAGUUUUCCACCAAGACCUUCUGGGACGACUGCCGCGCUUCCAAGGCCACGUCGAUCCAGUACGUCGGUGAGACGAUGCGCUACCUGCUGGCCGCUCCUCCGCAGCUGGACCCCGUCACCGGCGAGAACCUGGACAAGAAGCAUCUCGUCCGCGCCGCCUUCGGCAACGGCCUCCGUCCGGAUAUCUGGGACCGCGUCAAGGACCGCUUCGGCAUCGAAACCAUUGCCGAGUUCUACGCCGCCACCGAGUCGCCCGGCUCCACGUGGAACCUCAGCAGCAACGACUUUGGCCGCGGCGCCAUCGGCCGCUCCGGCUGGCUCUAUUCGCUUCUGCUGGGCAGCGGCGCGGCCAUCGUCGAGGUCGACUGGACCACCGACGCGCCGGCACGCGACCCCGCGACCGGCCGGUGCCGCCGCGUCAAGCCCGGCGAGCCCGGCGAGAUGCUCUACCGGCUGCCGCCCGAGGACAUCCAGCUGCGCUUCCAGGGCUACUUCAACAACAAGGGCGCCUCCGACUCCAAGAUCCUGCGCGACGUCUUCGCCCCCGGCGACGCCUGGUUCCGCUCCGGCGACGUCCUGCGCCGCGACGCCAGCGGCCUGACCUUCUUCAGCGACCGCAUCGGCGACACCUUCCGGUGGAAGUCGGAGAACGUGUCCACCACCGAGGUCAGCGAGGUCGUCGGCGUCCACCCGGCCGUCCGCGAGGCAAACGUCUACGGCGUCCAGCUGCCCCAUCACGACGGCCGCGCCGGCUGCGCCGCCAUCGCCUUCAACGUCCCCGUGCCCGACGACGCCACGCUGCAGAGCCUGGCCGCCCACGUCAAGGCCGAGCUGCCGCGUUAUGCUCGGCCCUUGUUCCUGCGCCUCGUCCGAGACGUGGGCGUGGGAAGCCAGACCACGGGAACUAAUAAGCAGCAGAAGCAGACCUUGCGAGCCGCAGGCGUGAAGCCAACACCGACGGCGGGCGAAGACGGAACAGAGCUGUACUGGCUCAGGGGUAAUUCGUACGUGCCGUUCAGGGAGAAGGAAUGGAAAGAGCUCGAAGGGGGUAGAGUCAAGCUAUAA